GACGACGAGGAGGGGGCUAAGGCAAGCGAGAAGAGAAGCGAAGAGAAAUCCGAAGCUUCGAAGCGAAGGCAGCAGGAGGAGCGGAGCGGAGCGCUAGGGGUAGUGGCGGGGGUUUAUGGGCGCGACCAAAUCGCUCGCACGCACGGGGGCAGGGGUUGGGGCUGGGGUUGGGGGAGGCGGGGGAUGAGGAGCGCGCAGGGCCGAGCGGGCGUAGCGCGCCGGUAAUAAUGCGCAGGUCACCCUUUUUGCUUUUUGAUCCGUCGCUGGACAAUUCGAGUUCGCGGGCGGACAGUGAGGAGGGCGGCAUGGCGGUUAACAACGUGCAGACCGAGUCGUCGCCCUUCUACGACGAGAGAAUGGGGCUGAACUCGAAUUUGCUGACGGGCCCCGUGACCUUCGAGUGGUUGUCGCAGGCCGAGGAUGCCAGACUCAAUGGCUCGUCCGACGCGUUCCAGCCCUUCCUCGACAAGGCUGCGCAAUCGGCAGAGGCUGCCAUGAACGGCGAUCACGCCUCGUCGCGCUUCAGUGUCAUCAAUGAGUUCAACAUCUGGCGCCAGAAACCCGAACUGGCCGAAGCCGUGGCCGCCAUCAAGGCGCUCACUUGCGUGAUUCGGCGUAGCGAGGCGACCACUAUGAUGGGCUUGGAGAUCGAACUGAAGAAGGCUGCCGAGACCUUGAAGAUGUGGGAUAAAACCUCGAUAUCUUUAUCUGCAGGCUGUGAUCUUUUCAUGCGCUAUGUUACUCGCACAUCUGCUUUAGAGUACGAGGAUAUCAGCGCAGGAAAGUCUCGCCUUAUUGAACGUGGUGAAAAGUUUGGUGAAAUCUCCUUGAAGGCUAGGCAGACAAUAGCCAACCUGGGUCAAGAGUUCGUCUAUGAUGGGAGCCUCAUUCUCACGCAUGGCUACUCUAGAGUGGUGUUGGCAUUGCUGAAGUUGGCAGCAUCACAGGGAAAACGAUUCCAGGUCGUCUGCACAGAGGGUAGGCCUGACAAUACUGGAUUGGAAAUGGCCAAAGAGCUCAUGGGUGCGAAGAUUCCCAUGAUGCUUAUUCUUGAUGCUGGUGUGGCAAACAUGAUGGGACAAAUUGACAUGGUUUUGCUUGGCGCGGAAGGUGUUGUCGAGAGUGGAGGAGUUAUCAAUCAUAUUGGGACAUACCAAACUGCUUUGGUGGCCCGCAGCAUGAAUAAGCCCGUUUAUGUAGCAGCAGAAAGCUACAAGUUUGCUCGACUCUUUCCCUUGGACCAGAUGGACAUGUCACCAACCCCUCGCAUUGUAGACUUAGCAGUUCCAGCGCAGGAAGAAAAUAUUAAAAUUCAGACGUCUGAACGAGACUAUACGCCGCCUCAGUAUCUCACACUUCUGUUCACGGACCUUGGGAUAUUGACUCCUUCGGCUGUGAGUGAUGAACUGAUCCAGCUCUACCUUUGAUAGGUUACAGAGUAUGAAUUUUGAUCAAUUAUACAGAAGCUCUUGUAUGUAAACAUAGAGAAGGCCUCUGCUCCGCCAUUGUAAGGCGUAGGCUAUGGAUUGAUGACACUUGUAGGGAAAAAUUGAGUUUGUAAGCGGUUUCUAGAGUUUGAGUCUGAGUUGUAUUUCUCUUUUAACGAAAGAUUGAGCUAGUAGUGGCAGUUGAGCAGUCAGCUGGACUGAGAUUAAACUCUAGUUGAGUGGAAGGCUUUCAAGUGUACUUGACAUGGAGCUUUGGUAUGUAGCCUAAAGGCCCCAGCAGCUGUAACGUAGUGAUUUAGUUUAGAGAAGGUGUUAGUCAAGCAGGCUUCAAACUAGAAGAGAUGAGUGAUGUAACUUUUCACUUAGGACUGUCCAUCUCCCCAGAAGAAAUGUCUGCGAGUACCUUCCUCUGAUCUGGAAUGGUUUGGAUCGACUAUUUACCGGUUUUGCGGUCUAAAAUUUUCCUUCAUUUAUCUGAAGUGUGAAUGAAAGCAUGUCGAGUCCGGGACAUGAUCUUGUCCGUCAGACCUUUUCGGGCUACAGUUUUAAGCAC